UCGGGGAUAACGCGGCGCGUCCUCCCGCAGGCACCCCCAGCCACCAUGGUGAAGGAGACCGAGUACUACGACAUCCUGCAGGUGAAGCCCAACGCCUCCUCCGAGGAGAUCAAGCGCGCCUACCGCAAGCUGGCGCUGAAGUACCACCCCGACAAGAACCCCAGCGAGGGCGAGCGGUUUAAACUUAUAUCCCAGGCAUAUGAAGUUCUGUCGGACCCAAAGAAAAGGGACCUCUAUGACCAGGGUGGGGAGCAGGCUAUUAAAGAAGGAGGCCUGAGUGGCGGCAGCUUCUCUUCACCCAUGGACAUCUUUGACAUGUUCUUUGGUGGUGGAGGCCGAAUGAAUAGAGAGAGAAGAGGCAAAAAUGUCGUGCACCAGUUAGGUGUCUCCCUUGAAGACUUAUAUAAUGGUAUUACAAGGAAACUGGCACUGCAAAAGAAUGUUAUUUGUGCAAAGUGUGAAGGUUAUGGUGGAAAGAGAGGGGCGGUAGAAAAGUGUCCUGUGUGCAAAGGAAGAGGAAUGCAAGUCAUAGUGCAGCAGAUUGGCCCUGGCAUGGUGCAGCAGAUCCAGACCGUGUGUCCAGAGUGCAAAGGCCAGGGGGAAAGAAUCAACCCCAAGGACAGGUGUGACAACUGCAACGGCUGCAAGGUGGUGAGAGAGAAGAAGAUAAUAGAAGUGCACGUUGAUAAAGGUAUGAAAGAUGGUCAGAAGAUAGUGUUCCAUGGAGAAGGGGACCAGGAACCCGAUUUGGAGCCUGGGGAUGUUAUAAUUGUGCUUGAUCAGAAGGAUCACAGUGUCUUUCAGAGACGAGGGCACGACUUGAUCACAAAAAUGAGAAUUCAACUCUCCGAGGCUUUGUGUGGCUUCAAAAAGACCAUCGAGACUCUGGAUAACAGAGUUCUUGUCAUAACAUCUAGGCCAGGUGAGGUGAUCAAACACGGUGACCUAAAGUGCAUCUACAACGAAGGGAUGCCCGUCUACAAAUCCCCCAUGGACAAAGGCAGCCUAAUCAUACAAUUCCUGGUCCAGUUCCCAGAGCACCACUGGCUCCCCAGGGAGAAGCUGCCUCUGCUGGAAGCUCUGCUGCCUUCCCGGGAAGAUGUGAUGGUCACGGAUGACAUGGAUCAGGUGGACCUGGAGGAUUUCGAUCCCAACGAGCAAACCUACCGGAACAGCGCGGGAGAGGCGUACGAGGAGGACGAGGAGGGUCCCAGAACGGGAGUACAAUGCCAGACAUCUUAAAGCAAGGUGGAAGGGAGGGGACGUCACCUACCAUGUAAAUUUUCACAAUGAAAACUGCAUGGCUGU